AUGACACGGCUGCCGCUGCUCACCAUUGACGCGUGCCGCAGGCGGGAGACGACGACGAGCGGGACGGCGGAGGUGGCCCGGCUCCUGGCCGGGUUCCGGCGGCACCUCGAGGACCGGUCGGCGCACCACCUGGGGUACGGGUACCCGUACAACCUGGACUUCGACUUCGCCCCGCUGGCGCCGUUCCUGGAGGGCCUGUGCAUCAACAACCUGGGCGACCCCUUCGUGGAGAGCAACUACGGCGUGCACUCGCGGCCGCUGGAGGUGGCGGUGCUGGACUGGUUCACCCGCAUCUGGGACCUCGGCCUCGGCGACUACUGGGGCUACGUCACCAGCUGCGGCACCGAGGGCAACCUGCACGGCCUGCUCGUCGGCCGGGAGGUGUUCCCCGACGGGCCGCGGUCUCGCACUACUCCGUCUUCAGGGAGGGCGGCCAGGAUGUACAGGGUCAGGUGCGUCAAGAGCUGUGACAGCACUGCUGUUGCUCUCCUUGAAUUGCAUGCAGGAACAACUGUGAAGGGAGCAAUUGAUGAUCUUGACAAGAAACCAGGGUGGGCACCAAGGGUGACGUUCAGAAAGCCUGGCAUCGGAAGCGUGAGCGUCUCGGGCCACAAGUUCCUGGGGUGCCCGGUCCCCUGCGGCGUGGUGAUCACGAGGCGAGAGCACGCCGUCGUGCUGUCCACCGACGUCGAGUACCUCUCGUCGAGGGACGCCACCAUCACCGGCAGCCGCAACGACCACGCGCUGCUGUUCCUGUGGUGCGCGCUCAACGCCAAGGGCCGCAGGGGCAUCCGCGACGACGUCCACAGGUGCCUGCGGAACGCGCGAUUCCUCGCGCGCUGCCUCAGGGACGCCGGCGUCAGCGCGGCGCGCCUGAACCCGCUAAAGCAUCACGGUGGCGCUCGAGCGGCCGCGCGACGAGGCGUUCGUGCGCAAGUGGCAGCUCGCGUGCCAGGGCGACGUAGCGCAUGUGGUGGCGAUGCCGAAUGUUGGCGUCGGUCGACAAGAUCGCCAGCUUUGUUGAAGACCUUGCUGCUAAGAGGAGGAUCUGGUAUCAGCACGGUGAAGGGCUUGUUGGUCUGUGCGUGGCGAAAGAUAUAG